GUGAGGAAUCACCAAGUCUUGCAACGGCCAUGGCAGCGACGAGUUCCAGGAGGAGAGGCCGAGGCGCGUGUCUCAGCUUCCUCGGGAUUGUGCUGGCGCUCUCCCUAUGGUGGCCGAGCACGGAGUCCCCAUUUGCCGCCCACAACUUUGCCGGAGGAGCUCGGCUGAAGAACCGCAACAACGCACUGGUGAGACCACGCCCUUUGCACGCUGGAGUCGCCUCGCGUGCCAGGGCUGCGCAAGAGGACAACAGUGCCCAGGCGUGGGGGCCAUGUGCAUCAGGCCUGAACGCUGGGCUUCUUGGCUAGCUCGAUCUCGAGGAGGAGGUGACUGCAGAAGCCGAACGGGUGCUGGAGGAUUCCCACAGGGCACAGGUGACCCGCUGGCACCCUGUGCGUGGCGGAGUUGCUUCGUGCGCCAGCCGGCAGCAGGGCGCUCCAAGAAGCAGUCCUGGAUCUUCCAUCGCUGUCUUUUUUCAAGGACAGCGACGAGGCAGGGGGCGGGGGGCAUGCGCCAGGCUCGGUUGGGUGCUGGCACGAAACACUUUUCGGACGGCGUUGCGCCAUAGAACGCCGUUCAACGCCGUUUUCGGACGCUGCCUACCGACGGUUCGUUUCUGGCUUCUGGCCGGGGUGACUCGGCCGAGUCGGGGGCCCGGCCCCGAGAAGGGCGAGAGGCGCUGCUGCAGCUCCAGGUAUGCCGCGCCGGUCCGUUGGUGGUUCGGGACGUCCGCCAGGGCCGACAUCACGGGCGCCGCGCGUGGCCCGGCGCGUACGAUAUGCAGAAUGUUAUGUCGGUGGGCAAGAACGGCCCAAAGUACUCUGCCGCAUCUCGCCAUCAUGUCCACGGACAGCUAUGUCACCCUUGGUCCUGGCACCUACAACGCGCACACCACCUCCUUUGUCUACUGGCCCGAGGCGCUGAUCAGGGUUCGGCAGAAAGUGACCUAAUUGUAAGCGCUUCGCGUUGCCCGCCUC